GAGAAUAUAUUCGUGUACCGGUAUUGAUUGACGAUUAAUUAUAUACGGCUUGAGACUUAACGGCUCUUCCUUUAUUGAGACCCUCCUCUCCUGCUUUAAUUUACUUCCGACAAUCGACCAUUAAUCCACAAUAUCCUGGAUGGGCCAUCGCGACCAAAUCAGGUAGCAAUACCUUCCAGGGUCAGUCUUUCUCACACAAUGAGAUCACGCAGCACGACUCAAAUACGCUAUCGAUUCCAUAACUCAGUAGAAUUUAGAUUACGAGGUUCGACGAACAAAACAUGCCUCCAAAGACCAGGGGAAGACCGAAGGGAAAAGGCAAAGCUGCGGCUCAGAAUGCAGUCCCAGAUGUAUAUCGUGAUAUGCUAGAAGAGGCUAUACCAUCACAACUAGCAGUACCAGAAAGGCCGUUAAAGAGACGGAGAGUUGGUUUACGAGAUGCUGUAGUUACGGCACCAGAAGCAGGGCCAUCAAAACCUUCUGUGGCAAAGUCACAUGAUGAAGGUGAGGAUGAUGAAGAUGUCGAAUUUGAGGAUGUUUUGACGGCACCAGCAAGUAUCAAUGGUGAGGACCUAGAGGAUGACUCGAGUGGGCCUCAGCAGACUGCAUAUAGAGACUCGGAUGAAGAAACGGACGAGAGCGAUGUAGAUAUUGAAAUUGACUGGGAAAAUAUCAAUUUCGACACCAAAGACGAUGAUCCACCAGGAGAUUUGGAAUUAAAUCUCACCAGACAAGCUCCCACACGUCAAGCUCCUACUCCCAGGCGGAAAGCGCUCACUCAAGGUGAUAAAGCACUUCGAUUUGAGACUCACAAAUUGCAUCUUUUAUGUUUGCUGUCACAUGUUGAGAGAAGAAAUGGUUGGUGUAAUGAUCCUGUGGUUCAGGAUUCUCUUAGACCACUUUUGAAUAGGAAAAUGAUGUCAUUUUUGAGACCGAGAAAGGAUCUAUCGCAAUUUAGUCAAGCGGAGUCAUUGAAGAAGGGUUUGGAUAUGGUGGCUGUUCUGUGGAGGACAAGAUUUCAGAUUACGAAGAGGGGAUUGAGGAGAGCACUGUGGGCAGAUAACGAGGAUGAUAUCAAAAAUUAUAAGUUGCCUGACGAUGCAGAUGCUUCAUAUGAAAAGGCAGAUUUCAGGAAAGCGGCGACAGAACUAAAAGGGUCUAGAGACUCGGGAGCACAAUUGUUCUGUGCAUUGUUACGAAGUGCAGAUGUGGAAGCCCGUUUGACAUGUUCUUUACAGCCUCUGUCCUUCACCACCGGUGGCCCAUCUAUGCCCAAACCACCCAAACCAAAAGCAAGACCAACCAUUCCGCCUCCACCCACAUCCUCACCAGGACCCAGUAACUCAACCCUCCUCUCAAAUCCACGCAGUCGCCUCGGACAUCCCGGUGCCGCCGGCUACAACAUUCCCAUCAUCAAUCCCGCACCUUUGCCCCCACCCACCCCAAAAGCAAAACCCAUCCGCGAAUCCCCCUUUCCCAUCUUCUGGGUUGAAGUCCUCGACUUUGCUCACCAAAAAUGGAUUCCCAUCGACCCCCUAGUCACAGAAUCAAUUUCCAAACCCCGUUCUUUUGAACCACCCCUCACAGAUAAAGAAAAUGCGCUCUCAUACGUCCUAGCCUUUUCUUCCGAUUCCUCUGCCAGAGAUGUAACCCGCCGUUACGCCAAAGCUCCCAAUUCCAAAACCCGCAAACAACGCAUCGAAUCCAUGCCUGGGGGACAAAAAUGGUGGAACAAAGUUCUCUCUCAUUAUUCUCGGGGUUGGAAAACAGAUGUCGAACAAAUCGAAGACGGGGAAUUGGCAGCACUAGAAGGAAGAGAACCUAUGCCGAAAAAUGUACAGGAUUUCAAGGAUCAUCCUGUUUAUGCACUUGAACGCCAUUUGCGAAGAAAUGAAGUUAUUGUCGCGGAAAGAGAAAGUGGAAAAGUAGCCACCGGGAAUGCAAAUGCGAGUGGGAUUAAGAAAUUGGAAAAUGUAUAUCGCAGGAAAGAUGUUCACAUAUGCAAAAGUGCAGACGCAUGGUAUCGACUUGGUCGCGAAGUCAAAAUGGGCGAAGAGCCCGUAAAAGUCGUACCAUCUCGAAACACGAGAAAACCCGAUUUCGCAGAUGAGGAAGAAAGAGAAGAAAGAGCAGGUACAGCCCUGUACACGCAAUUACAAACCGAACUCUUCAUCCCUCCCCCUAUAGUAAAUGGUCGGGUGCCCAAAAACUCGUUCGGAAAUAUAGAUAUAUAUGUACCAUCUAUGGUUCCGAAAGGAGGCGUUCAUAUCUCAGCACCGGAAUCGGUAUAUGCGGCGAAGUUACUGGGUAUCGAUUUUGCAGCCGCGCUUACGGGAUUUGAGUUUAGAGGGAGACAUGGAACGGCGGUUUUGAGAGGUAUUGUGGUAGCGAAAGAGUAUAGAGAGGCGGUGGAAGAAGUUGUGAGGGGAUUUAGGGAUGAGAGAGAGAGGGAAAUAGAGGAGGAGAAGAGGGAUAUGGUGUUGAGGCUUUGGAGGAAGUGGUUACUGGGAUUGAGGGUGAAGGAGAGGGUGGAUGGAUAUUUUGAUGAAGAGGAAGGGGUGGAUGAUGCUGGGGUUCGUGAGGAGAGCGAGGCUCAUGAUGAGAAGGAGGAAGUGGAACCUGAGAUGGAGGACGGUGGGUUUGUGAGAGAUGACGAGGAAGAAGAAGGGGGUGGAUUCGUAAAGGAUGAUGACGAUGUCGAUGCCGAGGGAGGAGGUGGUUUUAUGAGAGAGGAUGAGAGUAUGGAGAGUGGUGAUAGUAGUGAGUUGAGCGAUACGUAUACAGAUGAUGAAUAUGACGAUGAUAUGGGCGGUGGAUUUAUCCCAGAAUAGAUUUAUAUAAAGGGCAAGUAUGAUAAAUAAUGCAUUCAUUUAUUACUUUUAUCUAACC